UAAAUUGAUACUCCUUCGAAAAUGUAAUUGAGAUUUUUCUUAAAAUUUCUAGGUGAGAAAAUACUCAAAGUAAAAGAUGGGAUGUAAAUAGAUGUUUUCCAUAAAUUUUUUAGUUAGAAAAUGCUUCAAAGAAAAAAAAAAAGGUUAAAACGGGCGACCGGCUGAACAAGUUGAUGGAAUGGAACCCCUCCGAAACCUCCAGACUCUCCUGCAACCGAUCAAACCGCAUCUUCCGUCCAGAUAAACAGACCCACCGUCCCGCAAAAUUAUCAAACCCAAAACAAAAUGUUCUUCUUCUUCGUCGGAGGUUUACAGCAACAAGUUCGCCAGAUCAUCAAAUCCAGCGCCGGCCGCUGCAUAAAUUGCAACUCGCCGGCCGAUCUCGUCGACUACGAGAAAGUUCUGAAGCUCUUCUUUGUUCCGGUGUGGCGGUGGCCGGGAAAAGAGCCAUUGAUGCACUGCAACAACUGUAAGCUCUUUUUCCCUCAGUCCUUCUCUCCGCCGCCAAUUUCCGAUCAAUCGCUGCCAUCUGCGGCUCUUUUACGGGCCCUUCAUUGCCGUUCUUGCAACAGAGUAGUGGAGCCCGACUUCAGCUUCUGCCCUUACUGUGGCUCUUCUCUGUAACUUCCAUAAGUUCUAAGUUCUCAAUUGUGUAGUUAAAGAAGGCUAGGUUCUAUGGCUUUUCUUGUUUACUUCUGCUUCAAAUCAUUUGAGAUCUUUUAUAGAUGUGUCUGUUAGUAAUCAUAAUGGUGUCAGAUUCUGUUAUUUGUUCUUGAAACCCGCUUCUUUUGGAUGAGAAAUUGCUGGAAUUCAAGAUUGAGAAUGAAAAAUCUUUAUUAACACUGUUCAAUUUCUUCGUUGAAGAUACAUAGAACGAACAAUACUCGUGUUCAUGUACUUUUACAAGCCUAAAACAAUGAUCUUAGGUAGUGGGCCCUGGAGAAGCGUACCAAAAGCAAAGCAGAAAGAACUUAUAAAGGCAAAACCGAUCAAAUUUAUAUAGCAGUUCUAAUUUACAAAGGGGAUUUUGUAGGGGGAAGAGCCAACAUCUUUCUGCUUUCAGAUGAUUUUCUACAGCUUCUGCAAAGUCCAAUUGAGAGCGUUCUUCUCAAAAGUGGAAGCUGAAGGAGGAAGGAAAGGUAGGUUGGUUUUG